AUAUAGCUCCUUUACUGUGACUGUUUUAUAAGUCAUAUAAUCAUUAAAUUAUGAAGUAUCAAAUACUCUGUUCAUAGAAAAUGAUGUGUUAUUAACAGAUGACGCACAGUCAGUCCAUUUUCGCAAGCCCUUAUAUGUCGAUGUGUGGAGAAAGAUUAUCAUGAAAAAUGUCACAAUCAGCCCGGAGAAGUGAAUCAAGGCCGGCCUGCAUUGUGUAGUAUCUAGGGCUCUAACCUUCAGACUGUCUGACCAUAUAUGGAGGAAGUAUAGGCUGCCGGCUAUUGCAGGCUUACACGCUGUUCCUCGCCUGUAAUGGACACCAUACCAUGGAACACCCUGCCAGAUCAUGCUAUCAUCACAAUACUGUCCUACCUCAGCCGGGAGGACAGUGCUAGAGCGGGCACCACCUGCACGACAUGGCACCGUUGUUACAGAAGCCCACAGCUCUGGCACACCUCAACCCUCAACUUCCAGCAACCUCGCGACGGCAAGUCUCUCCUGUGGCUCGCCCAGUUUGCCCAAAACAUGAGGACUGUGCGAGUCCUGUUAAACCAGCAUGAAACGGAGAAUAGACGCAAUGCCUGCGAAGCUCUUGAUAUACUCUCCAAUGCCGAGGGAAGACAGUUGAUGAAGUUGUGUAUUGAGUUCACGGGAGACAACCCGCUCUUCUUAAAUGGCCAGGAUUUUGUUGAUGCUUUGAAAGCAUUAUUUGACCGCCACGUGGACUCUACCCGGUGGCAAUUAAAACACGUGCAGCUUAGUGGUCUGGCAGUGUCGUAUGACACCACUGUCUUUGACUCAUUGUCGGAAAACAAUCCCUUACUGCAAUUUCUAGAUAUCAGUAAUAAUGUUCGUAUCUGCAAAGUACCGCCUGAUUGUGUGGAGCGACUUGUCGAUAGGUGCAGGGGCUUAAAGCAUCUAGCACUGUUUCAUUGCAGCCUGACUGACCAGGUUCUGGAAUCUUUAGCUCAAUCAGACCGUGUUCCGCUGGGGUAUCUUGGCAUCACAUGUCGAUGGGAACAGGCAUAUAUAGGAGACCUGUCUUCUGAAGCUUGGAGUAAUCUCACCUCCAAGUGUCCGAAUCUUAGAGUAGGCUUGAUUUUUACUGAAACGUGUCCUUUGCAUAAGAUUUCUGUAAUAAUGAAGCCGGAAUUACCAGUCAGAGAGCUUCGAUUCGAGAUCAGUAACUGCAUCUUCAAAGAUGAGGUAGACCUGGCUGCCCGCGUGUACAGCAAGACUCUGGAGAAGGUGGUUCUUCAGACUGAGUACUAUGAGGAACUCGGCGACAACCUUAUAAAUUUGUGCACCAGGUGUAAACGGUUGACGUCACUCAUGGUGCACUGUGCCCUGAAGAAGAUGGUGGUGGACACCAUCCUGGCAAUCUGUCCUGUAAUGAAGGACAGGGGAACAUAUCUUCUUAAAUGGGAGCCGGAACCGGAAGUUUACUAAGG